ACUGCAGCCAUUAUGUGUUAGAUUGUGUGAUUAGGUAAUUGGCAGCACCUGGCUGAGUGUCACUCCUCACCACUGCAGGCACACUCGGCCUCUAGCAGUUUUUAACACACGUUUGUGCACAUGCUCCAUCAUAGAAAACAAAUAUUUAGUUUUAACAUGCUUGAAGCACAAUACCCACCUUUGUUCUUAUUUGUUACCACAUUAUUGAUGGUGACCUGUCAUAGUACUGAACAUGCAGCUGAACAAGGUAUGUGAACUAUAAUUUGUGUUGAAAGUGCCAGAGCUGGUAACUUGUGAGUAUUUGAGUUCACCUUUAACUCAACCAGUACAAUUGAUUUUGCUUAUGGAAUUGCUGCAAAUGUGGCUGCUCUGCUAUUGUUUGGAAGCAAUUUUGUUCCUGUCCAAGGAAUAGAGACAGGAGAUAGCCCCAUGUGAGAAUUUGCCUGUGUUUUCCAUUGGGUAUACUGUGCAGCAAUAUGGGUUGUACGGUCUAUGGUUGGAGACUUGAUGCUUCAGUCGUCCAAAUUCUACCCUGAGGCAACGCUUGGAGGUUUCAUCUGGGCUACAGGGAAUAUAGCAGUUGUUCCGAUUGUUAAAGCGAUUGGUCUUGGGAGUUUUUAAUUUGGGGCUUUUCUAAGUUUGUUAAUGGGCUGGGCGAGUUCAAGGUUUGGCUGGUUUGGGAUUGCUGCUCAGGAUGUUUCCAAGCCAAUAUUAAAUUAUUGUGGAGCUAGGUUGUGUCUGCUCAGUGGCCUGAUCUUUUUCAAUGUGAAAGCACACGUGGAACUGCAUCCCAGCUCUGAAUCGAUUUCAUUACUACUUGACAGGCGGCCAGCACUGUGGCUGUCCCACCUGGUGCCUCUCUACCUGAACCGUCACCGCAGCCUGACGCUGUCGGCCGCCUUGAGUCCAUAA